AUGGAGAAUGCAAGCUGUGUGAAGGAAUUCAUUCUUCUGGGCCUCUCAGAGAAUCAAAGGGUGCAGAAAAUAUGUUUUGUGAUCUUUCUGUUCUUCUAUAUGAUUAUUGUGGCAGGAAAUCUGCUUAUUGUUAUCACUGUAAUUAGCAGUCAACGUCUGAACUCCCCCAUGUAUUUCUUCCUCAGAUACCUGUCCUUUGUAGAUAUCUGUUACUCUUCUGUCACAGCUCCCAAAAUGAUUGCCAACUUCCUUGUUGAAAAUAAAACCAUCUCCUUUGUGGGUUGCAUAGCACAGCUGUUUGGGGUACAUUUCUUUGGCUGCACAGAGAUCUUCAUCCUCACAGUGAUGGCCUACGAUCGCUACAUUGCCAUCUGCAGACCUCUCCACUACACCACCCUCAUGACCAGGCGAGUGUGUGGUCAGAUGGUGAUCGCCUCAUGGGUAGGAGGCUUCGUGCACUCUGUAGUACAGACUCUUCUAACCACUCAGCUCCCGUUCUGUGGUCCUAACAAAAUUGACCACUACUUCUGUGAUGUUCACCCUCUACUACAACUGGCCUGUACUGACACCUACGCUGUGGGCGUCAUUGUCGUUGCCAACAGUGGAAUGAUAACUCUGAGCUGUUUCAUCAUCCUGGUCAUGUCCUACGUUGUCAUCCUGGUUUCCUUGAAAAGUCAAACAUCCGAAGGGCAGCGCAAGGCCCUUUCCACCUGUGGGUCCCACAUCACUGUGGUGAUUCUGUUCUUUGGGCCAUGCACGUUCAUCUACAUACGUCCGUCCAGCAAUCUGUCGGCGGACAAGAACAAGAUGGUCUCUGUGUUCUACACCAUCAUCACGCCUAUGCUCAAUCCCUUGAUCUACACUCUCCGAAAUGAAGAUGUGAAAAAUGCCAUGAAAAAGUUGUGGAGGAGAAAAGUGAAGAGGAGUGAGAAAUGA